AUGUUGUUCCCGUCCCUUGCUGUAUUGGCUGCAGCCAUCCCGCAGAUCGUGUUGGCAUCGGAAAGUGUCGUUGACAAUGCCGCUGCAGCCUCGUCCAUUGACACCAAUGGCCCAGCGAUUGAAGUUGUUGCAGGCAAGGCAGUGCUGCAGGAUGACGCCGGGUUCGUGCUGAAUUCCACCAUGGCUCCCAUGCCAGAGGAGGACAGUGACGAAGACGACUUGGAAGAGAUUGGACGAGGCUUCAUUGCCCACCCCGACGAAACUUUCGACCCAUUCACGGUUGAACAAUUGAAUCUCCCUUUCCGUUGGUACCAGUGUGACUACAUCGAAUCUCACACGUUUCCCGGCUUUCUAAUCACGGAGAACAUCAAGUCGCCCUAUCAAGAACUGGAGUUUUAUGUCCACCCAAAGACUGGAUCUGCUUGCUUCGAUCUUGAUGGCAUCCUUCAGCAGUGCACCAACUUCCGCCCUCACUACCAUGAGGUGGGCCUCCAUUGGGCGGCGCAGUACGUCGACAAGGUCGAGCGUGUACUCUUUGUGGGCGGUGGGGAUUCUAUGAUGCUCUAUGAGGCGCUCAAGUACCCAACUGUUGAGAAAGUGGUUGGGCUUGAACUUGACCAAACAGUGACGCGAUAUGCCUACAAGUACUUUGGUUCUCAGCCUCACUGGGAUCAACACGAGAAGGUCGAAUGGUGGUAUGGAGAUGCAUCCAAGAGUCUGCUCAUGCUCCCGAAAGAGUAUUUUGGAUCUUUUGACCUUGUCAUUGUUGACUUGUCCGAUACGGCCAUGGAUAUGUCUGUGACAACGGAUUUGGAUGUUUUCGGUGCCCUCUCUCUCUUGUUGAAACCUGAAGGCAUCCUGAUCAAGAACGAGCAGGUCUACUUCCAGCAUCUACGCAACAUUUUUGACUACACGGUUCGACUCCAUUUUGACGACGUGCCCCACAUUUGCACACAGAACUUCAUCUUGGGGAGCUUUGGAGUCGACUUUUUAAACAAAGAACCGAAAGACCACGGCAUUAUCGAAGACACAUUGCUUCUCUCAAAGCGGGAGUCGCUCACCGGCCGCCACAGCAUUAUGCACGACUUUGUCAAGAACGUCACUCGUCCCACAAAGCACUGCUCGCAAAACAACGAUGAAACUAUCUCAGAAGAUCAAGUUAGGAGUCCGGGCGUGCUGAUGAUCCUAGAAACUGAAGAUGUGACAAUUUCCCUUGACCCAGAUGAUUCACCUUUGGAAGAGAUUGUCACUAAUGUGCUCGAAAGCAUUGGCCUUGAGAUUGUGAAAACUAUGGAACUAGAAGGAAAUAGUGACAAGCCUGAAGAGGAAGAUGGAGAGGAAGACCUGUUCAGCAUCGAAGACGGCAACGACAUUGCCUUCGUCAUGAAAGAAGGGUACCUGAUUGCACGUCCUUUCCCUGAAUACGAUUACAUCGCUUUUGACAUUCAUCUGUGGAGUCGUUUCGAUAUUCACAAUGACAUCAAGAGAGGGCUUAUCAAAGCCGUGGGAAGUACCGCCGAAAAAUCAAGUUCAUCCUUUAGGAUCGCUGCCAGCGGCAUCUUUGGUGUAGAAGGUUGGAAGGAAGAUGAAAGCAAGCGCGGACCUCGGCUGACCAGUCCAUGCGAGGAAGCAAGUGUAUCAAGCACUCAGACAUCCAUGAACCCACAAGUGGUAUCUGAAGUUGUGAACGAAGCAAUCCAUUCAUUUGCGGGUGAAGAACCUAAGCUUCAAACUGUCGCAGUCUGUGGAAUUGAAGGAGAGGACUGCCCCAUUCUUGAAUCUCUUGAAGCCAAUGAGAACGUUGAUGUGGUGACAACGCUUAGGCCAUGCGGCGACCUUCGCAAUGACUUGAGCAUGGAGUUAUGUCUGCUGAAACUGAUGCAACAAAUGGAUCAGGUUUCUGAAAGCUACCCCAUCCAAAUGCUUGUCGUUGACGAAUCCGCAACCCUGCAAGUUGGACAGCUUGUUUACGAUCUCUUCAACAACUCGUUGGCGAGCAACGUCCAUGGACCUCGAGAGAAUCCGGCGUUUUCAAGAGACGACUUUGUGGUAAUGGCACCCUUCCGUGAUGAAUCUGGCAGUUGGCGCAGAGCAUUCCUCGACCGAUUUCGCACAGAUGUGGUUCAGAAUGAUCCUGUUUCUCGUGGUCAGGUUCUGUUCAACACUACUGACCACAGCUUGGAUAUGGGCAUUGUUCAAUCCGGCAAUCGUGACUUUGCUACCACCUUCCGAGGCUUUGUCGCUUCCGUCGAGUCCACAUCGGGCUUGUCCGCGGAGGUUCGAGCUAUUCUCGGGGGGCAUUUCGAGUUCCUUGAAGACUUCGAGGCGCAGAUGGUUUACACUCCAAGGGACUAUGAAUUCCAGGCUUCAUUGGAACAGUGGAACUCGCAGACUCCACUUGGAUUGCAGUUGGUGAUUCAAAUGGAAAUGCUGCCUUGGGACAAGGUUCUCGUUGUCGGUGAAACUGUUGAAGUCGAAUUCGAAGAGAGCGAAGUGGAAGAUUGCACCCUGCUUGCUAUCUAUCCCAACGGCACUGUCGAUGUGGAGUACAUUGAUGAAGCCGGCACAACUUACAUUCUCCAUGACGUUGACAAUAGGUGGGUCAGGAAGACUGGAAAACCCGAGAAACGAGACAACAGGCUCAAUAAGCAAGAAGUCUUGGCAGCUUUCGACGAGGCUCUUUCCAUCUUGACUGCAAUCGACUACAGCUACGAACAUUUUGUGACUGAGGUCGGAGAUGGAGCAGCCAUGGUUGCACUUUGCCAGGCUGCAACCAUUGCCGCGGUAUGGGAUGGUACAUCACACAUUGACGUGAACGUCUUCUCGUACGUCCAAGAUAAUGGAUUGCUGGCAGAAGAGUUCACAAGACCCUUCCUCCGACUCAACUCAUUGAUGCAACCCAUCCUUCGGGAUCGUCAGCCUCGUGGAGUUGGUCGUGUUGUCAACUUCCCCGAUGACUUGAAGGAGCAGCAGAAGAAGCGUCCAAUCUGGGCCAAGCAACGAAGGGAUGCCAGGGUGAAGAAAAGCAAGCAAGAAGAGGCUUGA